AUGGUUUUGAAGCACAACAACCAGUUGCCCAACCAGCACUUCCGUAAGGACUGGCAGCGUCGCGUUAAGACCUGGUUCGAUCAACCCGGCCGCAAGAAAUCUAGAAGAGUCGCACGCGUCCAGAAGGCUGCUCGCAUUGCCCCCAGACCCGUUGAUGGUCUCUUGCGUCCCGCCGUCCGUUGCCCUACCCAGCGCUACAACAUGAAGUUGCGUGCUGGCCGUGGUUUCACCUUGGAAGAAAUCAAGGAAGCCGGUAUCAACAAGAAGGUUGCCCGCACCAUUGGUAUUGCUGUCGACCACCGUCGCCGCAACCACUCGCAGGAGUCGUUGGAAUUGAACGUCCAGCGCUUGAAGGCCUACAAGGCUAAGCUCAUUGUCUUCCCUCGCAAGGCUGGCAAGCCCAAGCAGGGUGACUCUGAGGCUGCUGAGGUUGCUUCCGCUGUUCAGCUCCGUGGAGGUAUCCUCCCCAUCCAGCAGAUCGCUGCUGCUCCCGAGGCCCGUGCUAUCACUGCUGAUGAGAAGUCUGUCAACGCUUUCAAGAAGCUUCGUUAUGCUCGCUCUGAGGCUCGUACCCUCGGUGCCCGUGAGAAGCGUGCCCGUGACAAGGCUGAGGAAGAGGCUAACAAGAAGAAAUAA